AUGCAGUGCGUGAGUGCGUGCGUGUGGUGGCAGCUUCACGAGAGUGCCAUCUGCCACCUCAUCGACCCGGCACUUGUAGCUGAGUGUCGGUUGCUGGGUGCUUGUGUCUGCGGCACAGUGCCCCACUUAGGCUGGAUUCUGCUCGGCUGCACGAGUGUCUGGGCGCUGUUCAUCUACGGCAUCGGGAGCCUCGUCAUCGAGAAAUUUUACCGCGAUUACCACGCCACCGUCCCGCUCCUGCUGCGCGGCUUCAUCUAUGUUGGUUGGACGUACAUCUGGGAAUUUUCUACAGGGUUUAUACUACGGCAAUAUGGAGCUUGUCCUUGGGAUUACACCGAGAGAAGCUACAACCUCAUGGGCCUCAUUACCCUCGAGUACUUCCCCGCCUGGUACAUCGCUUCCCUCAUGACCGAGCAGUUUCUCAUCCACAACCUACUGUUUCUUUCUUUAAACCCUCUUGAUUGUCAUAACCGCCUACACCAAAAGGGUUAAGCAAGUCACCCCUAAACAUGAACGUAGAUCUCCGUUUUCUGUGACAAGACGGUUAUGUCUCAUGUGCUGAAUGACAAGAGAUAUAGUGAGAACUCUCAAGGUUGCGUUUUUUUAUGACAAAAGGUAAUUUAAUCAUUGUUUAUUUUUAUUUUUUCAUUUUUUUUUUAGAAGUAUCUCUCAUAUCAAACUUUUUACUAUCAUUGCCUUCCAAUAACUAAAUUGUUCCCUUUAUUUUCUCACCUGCUAGUCAUAUUUAACACGAGACCAAACAAACUCUUUCAGUACCGAACACACAAAUAAUAUAAAAUGUACAUGAUAGGAAAUUAUCAUUUAAAAUGUCACGCUAUUAACAUGGCUUUGACGGGCGGGGAUGCUGCAAUCGUAUUCAUUUCUCAUCUGUGAUAACCUAGAUAAUUCCUAUGAAAGAUUUCACACACACACAAAAAAAAAACAAAUGGUAUGCCCCUUUCUUGUUAAAAUCUUAAGGAUUAUGCCAAGGAUGAUGAAAACCACUGUACAUCAGCACUAGUAAUGAAGCGUGGUGUAUGGAGUGAUAUAGCCUAUGCUGAUGAACUGUAGAUGUUAUGGUUGUAUUGAUGUUAUUUUCUGUGAGUAUGGUAUACAUGAGACAAGUGACUGAAAUUCAUUGACAAUGACUGACUUUAAUUUGCAAGGAAACACAUGUUCAUGAGGAUAAUUGUGAUAGUUUAACAAGCUACUGGUACUACUACUACUGAUAAUAGUAAUAACUACAACAAUAAUAGUAAUGCUAAUAAUGAUAAUGAGAGUAA